UAAAAUAAAAGAAAAAAUUUAAAAGUUUUUGUUAGACAAACACAUAAAAUUGUAUUUUCAGAUGAGAUAUUUUUAAAGUAAAAGCAAAAGAGAAGUGGAGGUAUCAGCUGAGCUGAGGAUGGAUAGAGCAACACCUGUACGGAGCUCCCAUACCACCACCGCCGAUCUGCUCACCUGGUCGGAGGUUCCACCGUCGUCCAACUCUUCCGCUGUCGCUGCCUCCGCCAGUGCUUCUCGUUCACAUCAGCCUUCUGAUGGAAUUAGUAAGGCUGUGUUUGGUGGUCAGGUAACUGAUGAAGAAGCUGAUAGCUUGAACAAACGCAAACCUUGUUCAGGGUAUAAACUGAGGGAGAUCAGUGGCAGCAAUAUAUUUUCUGAUCAUGAUGAAGAUGGUACAUCAGAAUCUGGAACUGAUGAUGGUAAUUUUACUAACAGGACAUCAGUGCGCAUUGUUCAGCAAGCAGCAAAUGGAAUAAGCCAAAUUUCAUUCAGUACUGAAGAAAACAUUUCCCCAAAGAAGCCUAUCACUCUGACCGAAGUGGCAAAGCAACGUGAGUUGAGUGGAAAUUUAGAAAGUGAGUUAGAUAGCAAAGUCAAGAAGCAGCUAUCAGAUGCAAAGACCAAGGAGCUUAGUGGAAAUGAUAUCUUUGGCCCUCCUGAAGAAGUUCCUCCUAGAUCCCUGGCUGCUGCACGUUCCAUGGAGUCGAAAGAAAGCAAAGACAUGGGUGAACCUGCUCCACGAACUGUUCGCACAUCUGUUAGGGUUUCUAAUCCUGCUGGUGGUCAAAGCAGUAUCUUGUUUGGUGAUGAACCUGUUGUCAAGACAACAAAGAAAAUACAUAACCAGAAGUUUGCAGAAUUGACAGGCAAUGACAUUUUCAAGGGAGAUAUUCCUCCUGGAUCGGCAGAGAAGACACUGAGCAGUGCUAAGCUGAAAGAAAUGAGUGGUAAUGAUAUAUUUUCUGAUGGAAAAAUUGAAUCCAGGGACCACUUUGGCGGUGUGCGCAAACCACCUGGUGGAGAAAGCACUAUCAGAUUAGUGUAAUGUCAUCAAAUGGCUUUUAUAUUGACUUGUAGUGCCCACAUUGCAGUUGCUUUCUGACUAGUUAGGACGUCUGGCAUUUAGGAUUGUAAAAUUUGAUGUGUCAAUACUCUUAAUUUGCGACAAAAAUGCAGAGUGUUUCUCUGCUGAACUGUUGUAGGAGCUUAUAGAUUAGCAAUUACCCAUUCUAUCUGCCACAGUUGGUUUGAUCAGUUGA